UUAUCAAUGGUAAAAUCGGGGGGGCAUGAUAAUGCCAAUUCCUAUUCUAAUAAUGCAAAAAAUAAACGUUUAUGGGUCGCUCUUGGUCGCUGGUUGGAGAUGGAAGAACCGGUUAUAAGAAGAGAUAUGCGUCGUUACCUUCGGUCUAAAUGGAUAGAUCUUAAAUAUGCUGGCGGUUAUACAAGCAACGGAUGCCAACAUUUUGGUACAUACACACGAAAUAACCUCCUUCCAUUUACUAGUUCAAAUACCGCAAGCUCUCAUAAUACUGCACAUCAAGAAUACGUUAACACUUUACUUCACAAUCUUGGCCCAUUAUCAACCUCUGUCAAUGAAUUUGUACGAAAAUUCUAUGGAAAUUUAUAUGAAAAACUAGAGAACGAUUACCAUUGGGAUGAACAUGACGAACCAAAUAGUUUAUGCUGUUUGGUCACUCUCAGAGAAUUUGAGGGAGGAGAAUUAUGUUUCCCUCGACUCCAGAUCAUAAUACUGCUUCAGCCUGGACAAGUUGUGGCAUUUUCCUUGCGUUUUCUACUCCACAGCAACUUCUCACUUACAAAAAGUAUUCGCUAUAGUAUCGUGUACUUUGUACAUGAUACCUUUUUUCAUAAUCUACGAAAAUUCGAUGACGUAUACGAUGAUUUGAAGGAUAGGAUUGAGAAAAAUGCUGAUGGGCAUGAUGUUCUUUUUAUUAAACAUCAAAAUCUCAAUAAUGCUCAAGCUAAAACUGAUGAGGUUCCUUUGGAACCAAAUAAAUCAUAUUCAUUGACUAGUUCCAAGGUAACCACUCCUCCUAUGCAAUGUAGUGUAAGUGCGCCCAGCUCAAUUAAUACUAAUAGACCUAGGGAGGGAAAUACAAACAAAUUAUUUAUCUCGUCUCUCUUUGCAAAACAAAUUAAUUUACUACCAUCUCAUCUUAAUCUACCAAAAGAUACUGUAUUAAGAUUGAAAGACGGAACAGAAAUUACGAUUGUUUAA